CCUUUUUUUUUAAAAAAAGAAUAAGUAACACUGUUACAAGAAGCCCUAUGACAUUAAUAGAAAUGAAUAAAAGCCCAAGCCUUUCUUCAAAAUACAUUUUGUCCAAAAUAAUUUAGACAUAAAAAUAAAAAAAAAAAAUAAGAAAAAUGAGGUACUCUUAAUUUCCUAAAUCAUUAUUGUUCAAAGAAAAUGCUUUAAUUGAUGAGCCAAAAAAAACUAUCAAAUGAAUCAUGGCAACAUCUACAGCAUCAUCCCUCUUUCCUUUCUCAUCACCAAUUCUUCAUCAUCAUCAUCAUCAUAAUAAUCACAAAAACAACAUUGUUUCAACUUCCAUCUUCAACUACAAAUCUCAACCACUCAUUUCAUCUCUCACCUUAUCCAAACAUAAACACCUCCAUUAUUCCACUCAAAAACCCAGAAAUUUAAAAGCAUUAUCAGCUGUUUCUUCUGAAGAUGCUGCAGUAAUUCCAUCAGAAACAACCCAGGAAAUAGUCUCUGCUACAACUUCUGGGGAUGAUGGUGUUUCCAUUAUUAUUUCAAUUCUUUUGUUCAUUGCUUUUGUUGCCCUCUCAAUCCUCACCAUUGGGGUUAUAUAUAUUGCAGUGACAGAAUUUCUGACAAAAAGAGAAAGAGAGAGGUUUGAGAAAGAAGAGGAAGCUAAAAGGAGUAAGAAAGUUGGGAAGAAGGGUAAAGUGAAAGCUCGAGCUGGUCCUAAAGGUUUUGGUCAGAAGAAAAUUGAUGAUGAUUUUGAAGACGAUUAGCUAUAAAUUUUGUUUCAUUUUUGUCUAAUUGUAUUACAUCAGUUGAUGAUUGAAUCAAUAGAAAUUAAUCCCGUUAUCGAGUUCUUGAUAUUUUGCAAAUUGAUGGUUGGUAUGUUAUGAUUCUACUAGUCUACAAGACACACUGUUUUUGUUGGGUCACAGGUUUUCCAAGAAGUUGCUUGUGACAUAGCUACUCGGGAAAUGAUGUUCAAAUUUAUUUUAGGUUGCUUAUGAACAAGAAACAGCUGAAAUUGCCCAUCAUGGACGACGUUCAA